AUGAAGAUCGGGCGCGGGCCUAAGGUAAGGUUCGCUUGCCACACUUUCGUGGGCCGCGGGAUAGGCUUAGCCGCGUACGCCGCGCGUCUAGCACGGGCACUCCACAGCAUUCUACCUGAACAGCCGCGCAGAAAGAAGCAAAGUUGCUAUACUCACGAUAUCAAUACUUUGACUUCAAGCGGCAAAUUCGACCACCCGAACUUCGAAAUUGCGACAAAAUUUCAUCCGAUAAGCUGUGUGGAUGAAUCGUUACCGAAACGCGCCCGGCCUGCGAGGCCCUACCAAGGCGACUGCCUCUACUCUUUGCCAGAAAUCUACGAAUGCAAAGUUACUGCUCAAGAACGGCCAUAUCUCGCCCGUCCCUCCCGCACCCAGCAACUACAGAACCCGAAGCUACGCCCGCAGCUGACGACAGAUAUCCCAAGUGAUGCUGUACGCACAAAGGGUACUGCAGACGCUCUACUAGCGCAAAGCGAAGAAGAGCGUGGCCGCAAACGUGAGCUCAAUGAAGUAGACUCUUUGGACACGCGGGACCAGGCAGCCAAAAGGACGCGCUCAGUAUCAUCAGAUUCUACCAGCUCUGUAGCCACAAUAUCCACAAAUCGAUCUCGCUCGGGAUCCCCUCAACGAGAGCGAUAUGCAGAACCACGGCGGAGAUCGAAGUCACCAACGUCCCAUCACUUGUGGGCGAGGAAGAGACGACAUAGCGACUCAUCUCCCGGUGAUUCUGUUUCCUCAUAUUCGUCUAGGGAGGGGUCGCGGACACGAUCCCCUGAAAGAAACACCAGGCGAAGACGCCGGGAGUCGAGUCCAAAGGAACGGGGACGGACGCGCGAUAUCUCGCGCGAUGGGAGUCGCCAAACCAGAAGCCGCAGUCACAGCAUGGAUAAAGGACGCGUUGCAAGGGGGAGGCGGUCUCUGACAGCCGAGGAAAUCGAACCUGUCCGAAGCUAUGCCAAGGCAUUUACUUCGAUGGACCAACCUAGAGUGUGUAAACACGAACGGGUGAGCGCAGAGAGGAGCCACGCUCCGCCACCGCGACGCGAGCGAAGUCUCAGUCCUUACAGCAAGCGAAUUGCUCUCACCCAAGCCAUGAAUAUGGGUCGCUGA